AUGUCUGCCACUCAUGCGUCUCCAGUUGGAAACUUUUCUGAGGGAGAUGAGAAUGAUCCUACUUGGGAAAUGCACGACGACGACGAUGAUGAAAACAUCACAAUGGAAGAACGUCUUCUGGAGGAGGAUGCUAGUGCUUCAGAUGGAGAUGAAGGUGGUGAGAUGGGUGCGUCACAAAUCCCAGUCUACCAUGAACCGGUGGUCGCACAAAUGCCGCAAUUUCAUGACAUUGUGUCUACUCCAUUACGUAAUCAUCAAGGUGACGAAGCUGUUAUUCCCUUUUGGCAAGGAAUUCCACAUUAUUCGUACAUUGAUUGGAGUUAUCGGAGUGAACAAGAAUCAUGCACUGAUGGUACGGUUUCAGGAUCGGGUUCAAUACAAGGUUUCCCGUGGCGCGUUAGGGCGAUCAAACCAAUGUUUGGUGAAAAUUGGAAGAUUACGAAAUUGGGUGGAGAUCACACUUGUUUGAAUGAGCACAUUUCCCAGGGACAUAGACAGCUCGAUGCAGACGUUAUUGCGGAUCUCGUUAUAGGGAUGAUAAGGGAAGAACCAUCUGUCUCAAUUUCUUUGUUUCAAGAAAGGAUGACCUCUAAAUAUAGGUUUAAAGUUUCCUUCAGAAAGGCAUGGUGGUGCGAAUACAUGCUUCGCUUUUCUCCAGGUUCAUUUUAUCAUAUUCAAACAAAUGAUUUUUAUGCGGAGCAUGGGUUAGUUACUGGAAAAAAGGUGUUUCUUCGCAUGUUUUGGACGUUUAGACAGUGUUGUGAGGCGUUCAAAUUUGCCAAACCAGUCAUCCAGAUUGAUGGAAUGCAUUUGUAUGGGAAGUACAAAGGCAAAUUGUUGGUGGCCAUAGCCCAAGAUGGAAAUGAUGAAUGUUUACCGAUCGCUUUUGCCAUCGUUGAAGGUGAAACCUUGGAAGCAUGA